AUGGCGUUGAGGGGCUUGGUGGCACUAGCGCUGCUUGUCCUAAUUAGCCGCUUCUCCUCUUGUUACCUCCCCCCUACUCCAUCCUCCCAUGGCUUCAUUCAGUGCCUCACAGAGAAUAUACCUAGCGAGCUCAUCUUCACGCCGGGCUCUCGUAACUUCACCGGCGUGCUCGUGUCCACCAUCCGGAACUCGAGGUUCUUAUCAGCCAACACCGCGAUUUGCAUCGUCACCGUGACAGAUGCCUCCCACGUGCAGGCCGCCGUCCGGUGUGGCCGCGCCAACGGCGUCCGCCUCCGCGUGCGCAGCGGCGGGCACGACUACGAGGGCCUGUCGUACCGGUCGGUGCGGCCUGAGACGUUCGCGGUGGUGGACCUGGCCGACCUCCGCGCCAUCACCAUCACCACCGACGGCGAGCACUGGGCGUGGGUCGACUCCGGCGCCACGGUCGGCGAGCUCUACCACACCAUCGGCAAGCACAGCACGGAGCUCGCGUUCCCGGCCGGCGUGUGCCCAACGCUCGGCAUCGGAGGCCACUUGAGCGGUGGCGGGAUCGGCUCGAUGAUGCGCAAGUACGGGCUCUCCGUCGACAACGUCGUCGACGCCAAGCUGGUCGACGCCAGCGGGGACCUCCUCGGCAGCAGGGCGGCCAUGGGAGAGGACCUGUUCUGGGCCAUCCGAGGCGGCGGGGGCGAGAGCUUCGGCGUCGUCGUGUCAUGGAAGCUGAGGCUCGUCAAGGUCCCGUCCACGGUGACAGUGCUUCGCAUCUCCAGGACGCUAGAGCAGGGCGCCGUCGAUGCCGUGACCAAGUGGCAGCACGUCGCGCCGACCCUGCCCGACGGCAUCAACAUGGAGGUCCUCGUGCAGGGCCGGCAGGCCGUGUUCCAGUCCCUGUACCUGGGCGCGUGCCACCACAUCCUGCCCACCCUCGCGUCCCGCCUCCCGGAGCUGAACGCGACGGCGGCCGACUGCAACGAGAUGACCUGGCUCGAAUCGGCGGCGUUCAUCAACUUCGGCAACACCAACACGACGGCGCUCCUGGACCGGAGCACCGGCCGCCUCGACAGCUUCUUCAAGAACAAGUCCGACUACGUCCGGCGCGCCGUUGCCAGGGGUGUCUGGCUGGAGAUAUUCACCAACUGGCUCUCGACGAACGGCUCCGGGCUCCUGAUCCUGGAGCCCCACGGCGGGCUCGUCGGCUCGAUCCCCGCCGGGGCGACGCCGUACCCGCACAGGAGUGGCGUGCUGUACAACAUCCAGUACGUCGCGUCCUGGUCCGCCGGCGAUGGCAGCUCGGCGGCCAUGAACUGGGUCCACAGCUUGUACGACUUCAUGGGGCAGCACGUGAGCAAGAGCCCCAGGGAGGCGUAUGCCAACUUCCGGGACCUGGACAUUGGCGAGAACAAGGUGGUGAAGGAUGUCAGCACGUUCCACAACGCUACGGUGUGGGGCCACAAGUACUUCGGCAGCAACUUCCAGAGGCUCGCGACGGUGAAGGGGAAGGUGGAUCCCACCGACUACUUCAGGAACGAACAGAGCAUCCCGCCACUCGUGCGAGGAAGAAGGGGGAGGCUUGAACUGGCGCCUGCGAGGAGGCGCCGUGGUUGCUGGUGGGCGCAGGGAGAAGAGGCGGCGACUGGGUUAGGGCUGAGAGAGAGAGACGCAAGGGUUGGGAAAGGCCCCGUGAGGCCAACUGAGAUUGAUUCUCAGCCUAAUCCUUUUCCAAUCCAGAGUGCAGGUAUUUAACUUACAAUUGUCUCAAACUAUAGAAAUUAAUUGACAU